AUGGGGGGCAGAGCAGUGAGGGAUGCCGUCAAGCUGAAGAGGGAGUCCUAUCGGGCAUUUUUGGCCUGCGGGACUCCGAAGGCAGCUGAUGGGUAUCAGCAGGCUAAGAGGAACAAAGCUUUAGUGGUCACUGAGGUGGCAAUCAAACACAUAUCAAAGAACAAUGUGUUAUGCACACAUACUGAUGACGAUGGCAGGGAGUUGUCUGCAGAGGUGGCUGUCAUGCUAAAGCUGGACACUGGAACAGCCACCUCAGUGGGGAACUCAGCCCCAGUGGCGCUGCUGGACUGUUAUCAACUGGAAAAAGAACUAAUUCUUGUGCUGGAGAGACCAGUGUGUGCUGUGGAUCUCUUUGACUACGUUGAAGAACAUGAAGGUACACUGCAAGAGGAUGAGGCAAAAGUUAUACUGAAUCGGCUGGUUGAUGCAGCAAUACACCUCCAGGAGAAUGGGAUCUUCCACAGAGACAUCAAACUGGAAAAUAUCCUCAUUCAGACUGAUUCAAACAUCCCACGAGUUCGUCUCAUUGACUUUGGUCUGAGCUGCUUCCACAGUGAUGACACAGAGUUUGACAUGUAUUAUGGCACUGAUAAUCAUGUCCCUCUGGAGUGGUUAAGCCGGUACAAGUACAAGGCUGGACACACAACAGUGUGGCAGAUGGGGGUGGUCUUGUUUGAGAUCCUGCACAAAGCAACCUUCAGAUCCAGCAGCUUUUUACGGAAAAAGCUGAAGAUUAAAAACAAGCUUUCUAAAGAUAAGUCUAACACUCAUAUACACAUCUAUUGCCGGGACUUCCUGAAAAAGUGCUUCAUAAAGGAAACCAAGAAGCGUCCCACUCUGGAGGAUCUUAAAAGCCACCGUGGCUCAUGUGAAAUAGACAUGACACCAAAUUUAAACAGCAGAGGCUGUUCAAUUUAAACAGGAAAAACCAGACAACCGGCUGCUACACCUGUAAAGAAACAGACAACCACCAGCAACAUCUGCACAAAAACAAGCACGUAAUCAUCAUAAAAAGACAGACAAGUUAGAAAAAACAAACCCCAAAAAACAAAAAAAAAACAUCAAUCACAACAACAAAAACAUUAGCAACACAAAGAAAAGACAUGAACAUGUAGUUGUUGGUGAUUAAACUGCAGUUGGUCUUCCAGCAUCUUCACCUUCAAGAUCGUUUGAGACCAGCCACCCAGACAGCUGCUUCAACAAUCAGUUGCAUAACCAAAGAAUUUCUGCGCAAACUAUCAGAAACAGUCUCGGGGAAGCUCAUCUGCAUGCUCGUCAUCCUCAUCUGGGUUUCGACCUGACUGCAGUUCGUCAUUGUAACUGACUUAAACGGACAAAUACUUACAUUUGAUGGUGUCUGGCACAUUGAAGAGGUGUUCUAUUCACAGAUAAAUCCUGGUUUUCUUUUGAAUCUAUGUUAUCUUGCUGGACCUGACCGGAGGGGACAGAAAAA